CGUCUUCAAACGCUUCUCAAGAUCUGAUCUUUGCAUUUUUGUGAACUCUUGAGCAAGAUUUUAAAAACACCCAAAAAGAUGAAAACUCGUCGAUCCUUUGAAUUUGUAGCUGUUAUAUUGCUAGCAUUAUCGUGCGGCCUAACUGUGUGUGUGGAAUUAGAUUCACGAUUGAUAGAGAAGAAUGCUCGUCUCAUGAUGUUAAGUAUGAAGGCGAUACUAUUCAUGUGUCGUUUGUUGUCAUUAAGGUCGAUUCUGGUUGGCAUUUGAGCCAUGAGGGUGUCGAUCUGGUGAUAAGCUUCAUGACCCGUUCUUACAUCCGAUUGCUCCGUUUUCUAUCUUGUGUACUUCUAUCCCCAUUGCUAAAAUGUUGCUCAGUUAUUACACAAUUUAGAUUCCUUUGCCAUUGUUAAGAUCUAUGUUUUGAAUAUAUGUCAACAUGUGCGUGACACGGAAAUUUUAAGAAAAUGAAGUGUUCGGGUGACAUAGGUUAAGACUGGAAGUCGUUGGUGAAUAGGAUUUGAGAAUGAACUUUGUUGCAAAUCUAAACAUGCGGACAACACCUCCCUUGAUACCCUUGACUCAAAGUCCAUGAACUCUACUUGGAAUUCUAUGCUCGUAACGUAAGUCCAAUUACUUCCUGGCUAAGCAAUGUCUCAUGGUUUGGUUAGUAUUGAUUUACAUUUUAAGUUGUUACCCUGGACUAGAACCAGAAACAGAUUCCCAGUUUCCCUCUUAGAGAAACCAUCGGCUGCAAAGGCUAUUAGGAGCUUUUCCUUUCUCAGAACUCCUGUGUUGUACAAUUUGGUGAAGGGACCUUUAGGUGAUCAGAUUCAAGAUUAUCAUGACAAGAUAAGGCAUUUCGACCCUCUGAUAGAACAAAUAUCAAAGUUAGAGGAGGCUCUUCAUAACAUUCAGUUCGAGCAGCACUGGUUAGAGGCACAGACGGAACUCCAGUCCAUAGUGAAUGAAGCAAUGAGUAAAAAAGCACUUCACAAGGCCUUAUAUGAAUCUGCAGCACUAAUUGGAGCAAGCGUUCUGCAAGUUUACCUACUACGACGCCUAUUUGAAAAGAAACUUUGGAUGUCCCGGGUUUAGCUUACCACUGUAGGGAUAAUGCGGCAUAGUUCCAUCCCAGACACCAUAUACAUGAAUAGAAUCCGAUGCAAUGUUUAGACAUGGUUGAGUUUUAGCAACAGAAAAGCAUGAUUAGUUUAAGUUAUUUUUGCUUAAAUUGUUUGUGAUUUCAUGGAUAAUUGAAGUUUCUCACCCGUAAUCUGGAAAACAUGUUUUGAUUUUGGC